AGGCUGUGUCCUUCUCCUCCUCUAUGAUUGACUGGUUGAUGAGCACCGUGGUCCUUGAGGCUAGCUGCCAGGCUGAGGCCAAGUCCGGAAAGGGCACGGGCUACCUGAAGAGGGCCAAGACUGAGCAGCUGCGAGAGAUCUUCAACAAGUAUGCCUCCGUUGAAAAGCAUGGCGAGAAGUACAUGACCGCAAAGGACUUUGUGAGGAAUUACCUUGGACUCUACACUGAACCCAACUUCAACCCGUCGUCCAUCACGCUCUUGGGCGGCAUUCUGGACACCAGCAAGGAUGGACUCAUCUCCUUUGCCGAGUUCCAUGCCUUUGAGGGCCUGCUGUGUGUGCCUGAUGCGCUCUACAAGACGGCCUUCCAGCUGUUUGAUACGAAGGGAACUGGAAUGGUUACUUUUGAGGAAUUUAUGGAGGUGAUUAAACAAACAACGCUGCAUCAGAGAGUCCCCUUCAAUUUUGAGAGCGACUUCGUUAAGAUGUAUUUUGGCAAGGAUAGAAAUCGUUCGGUCAACUAUGUGGAGUUCAGCCAGUUCCUACAUGACUUUCACGAGGAACACGCAGUACAAGCCUUCAAGUCUUUUGACAAGGAGGGGACUGGCUUCAUCACAGCCAUGGACUUCAAUGACAUCAUGUUGAAUAUCAAGUCGCAUCUUCUGACACUUCCUGUGCAGAAUAAUCUUGUUGCAGCUGCUUCUAGCCAUAAAGUGAGUUUCCCAUUCUUCAUGGCUUUCAACUCCUUGCUCACAAAUAUGGAGCUGUCAAAACGUAUCUAUCUCAAUGCCUCAGGUGGAUCGCGUACACAGGAAGUUACGAAAGAGGAAUUCCUGCAUUCGGCUCAGAUGAUGUCGCAGAUCACACCCCUGGAAGUGGAGAUUCUCUUCCACCUGACGGAGUUAAUCAGCGAGAGCUCUGGGUAAGAUUAAAAGGAAGAGUUUGAAGC